AUGUCCGUCGCAAAGAAGACCGUCCCAUACGUUCGCCUGGGCAAGUCCGGCCUGAAGGUAUCCAAGAUAAUUCUCGGGUGCAUGUCGUACGGCAACAAGGGCUGGAGCGAAUGGGUUAUCGACGACCAGGAAGAAGUCAACAAGCACAUCAAAUUUGCAUAUGAUCACGGAAUCCAGACUUUCGACACGGCCAAUGUGUACUCCAACGGCCUAUCUGAGAUCAUGCUCGGCAAGGCGAUCAAGGAGCUGCAGCUGCCCCGCGAGGAGCUCGUUGUCCUGACAAAGGUUUACUUCCCGGUGGCCCCCAAGCACGACAUACUGCUCUACGGGGCAAACCCCGCGGAAUAUGGCAUUAUCAAUCAGCAAGGGCUGAACCGCAAGGCAUGUCACAUCUUCGACUCUGUGAAGAAGAGUCUGGAACGCCUGCAAGUCGAGUACAUCGAUGUCCUCCAGUGCCAUCGGUUCGACUCUGGGACCCCGAUUGAGGAGACGAUGCAAGCCCUCCACGACGUCGUGCAAGCGGGAUACGUGCGCUACAUCGGAAUGAGUUCCUGCUACGCCUAUCAGUUCCACGCGAUGCAGAACUACGCCAUCCAGAACAAGCUCACGCCCUUCAUCUCGAUGCAGAACCACCACAGCCUGAUCUACCGCGAGGAGGAGCGCGAGAUGCUCCCCACCCUCAAGUUGUUCGGCGUCGGCGCGAUCCCGUGGUCGCCCCUGGGCCGCGGUGUUCUCACCCGCCCGCUAUCUGUGCAGACGAAGCGCGGGGAGACCGACGGCUGGGCGGGACCGUACAAGCAGUGGGCGGGCACGUCUGAUAUCGUGAACCGGGUCGAGGAGAUCUCGAAGAAGAAGGGCGUGAGCAUGGCGCAGGUCGCGCUCGCGUGGAGUAUGUCCAAGGAUGGCAUCACUGCGCCGAUUGUGGGCACGACGAGCCUCAAGAACAUGGAGGACCUCAUCGGCGCGGUCAACGUCGAGCUGACUUCGGAGGAGAUCAAGUCCCUCGAGGAGCCGUACAAGCCGCUGGAGAUCUUCGGGCACGAUUGA